UUUUCCUGCUGCAAGGCGCUAGCAUCGGGACUACUUGAACAAAUAGAUGAUGGAAAAUUUAGUGAAUCGCAGAUGAUAUUAAGCAUCACGCAUUUUUACAGGAAGUUUGAACGGAUAAUGACAACCAUUCACCUGUUCAAACUGAAUGUUCAGUCUUUCUCGUUGCAUCAUUCUUCGAUAUAACCUGUUACAUCUAGUCUAAGCGAUUAAAAAAAAAAAACAAGAGGGCAAAGAGAAUAAAAAAGUUCUUCAGCCGAAAUUCAUUAACAAAUUUUGUAAUGUGUGUAAAUGAUUUUAUGAACUUACAAAAUGGGCAAAUCGGUGUCGUGAAUGUAUUGCAAGAAGAACUGGCAUUCAUGGUCAACAAAGAAAUCGAAAAAUGAAAACAUUAGACGAAGCUAUGAUUAUUUUCUUAAUAACAAUGAUGAUAAAUGCCGAUAACUCUCUCGAAAAUCCGAGAUUAGAAACGUUCGUCUUAUCUCAAGACGACGUAGAGGAUGCUAAAAGUGAUGUGUCUAAUUCGUAUUUAGAAGAGUUCGAUAAGACUUCAACGACAAUUGAGAAAACGCCGUGCGAAGACAGUUGCAAAAAUUCCGAAGAAAGUGCGAAUUUGCAAUGUUCCUGUUCCAUAAACUGCACCGAUUUUGGGGACUGUUGCAUAGAUGCACCAGUAAAUGCUACCAAAGAACAAAAGUUUAGCUGUUUGAGAGCGUUAUACAGCGACAGUUACUAUUUUAUGGUAACCCAAUGCCUAGAAACAUGGAAGAAUAACGAAAUCGAGAUCAUGUGUACAAGUGAAAGCGAAGAAAAUUCGCUUACAAAUCUUCCCGUUUCCAAUAAAUUCACUGGUAUGACAUACAAGAACAUAUACUGCGCGUUAUGCAACGAUGACUUCAAUAUAAUACCAUGGACUAUAAUAAUGAAAUCUAAGGUUGACCAUAAGAAAAUAUCAUCUGAAGACAUUCAGAAAGUGAUAACACCUUCGAUUUACAAACUUAACACUAUAUCUAUUAAACCCUGUAAAUGGGACGAUAGUAUAAUAUCCGAGUGCCCCAAUGAUUCUAUAGAUGCCAGGUGUUAUACUUAUUAUGCACCCGUGUAUAAUUCUUACGCUGAUAUCGCUUAUAAAAAUAAGUACUGUGCCCAAUGUAAUGGCGAUUAUACUGACGUCCAGUGUCUUAAAAACGUGGACUAUAAUACCUUUUACGUAACUAAGUAUGGAAUGGGUAUAGGUUAUAGUUUACUUCUAGAUAUAGAUUUUACAAAUGGGGGUAAUAUCGUUGGGGAAAUUGAUAAAUGCCCUAUUUUACAUAUAUACGAUCCGUGGAAAGAGAAGUGUGUUAAUGUAUUUUGCUCUUAUAAUUCUACGAAAUGUAAUGAUACUGAACAAUUAUGUCGAAAAUAUGUAAAAGGCGAAUACAGAAAACUAGAAAAUGGUUCCGUAAUUUUAAAUAAUUACGAUAUUAUUUUAAAGAAGGAAGAGUAUCAAAAAUUAAAUAACAGCGCCAUUUUUGUUUGCAAAAACGUUUCAAACGUUGAACGUUUUGUAAAAUUUGGGGAAGUUUACGGUUAUUUAACUGUCAUCUGUACUAGUGUAUCCCUCUUCUGUUUAUUUUUAAAAAUUAUUAAUUACGUAUGCUCCGAGCACCCUAAGAAAUUACCGAAUACAAUUAUAUGCUACUUAUCAAUAUCGCUUUUCUCAGCUCAAUUACUGUUCCUUGUAACCAUUAAUAAAAUACAUUAUCACACGCUAUGUGUUGCUUCCGCCAUAUUGAUACACUAUACAUUCCUAUGUUCCUUUUUCUGGAAUAACGUACUCUCUUACGAUUUAUGGUGCACAUUUUCUAUGAUGCGCGCCAAGAAACCAACUUACAGCAAAACUAAAAUGAUUAAAUAUUCGAUUUAUGGAUGGUUUUUACCGGUUUUAAUUGUAUUAUUAGCUGUUUUGUUCGAAUAUGCUUUACCUGAAUCGAUUCUAAAGCCAAAUUACGCUUACACAGUAUGUUGGUUCUCUAGCAAAAUAUCUCUUCUUGUCUUUUUCGCUUUACCUAUCGCUAUAUUAUUAAUGAUUAACACAGCUUUUUUUAUAUCUACAGCUGUUCAUAUAGCGAUUUUAUCGAAGGGUGCAAAGAUUUCUCUUGAAAACAGCACGUGUAAAGAGAGAGUGCGGUUUCAAUUGUAUAUUAAAUUGGCUCUGAUAAUGGGCAUAACAUGGAUCUUUGGAUUUAUAGCUGCUUACUGCGAUAAUGAUAUCUUAUGGUACUUAUUCAUUACAUUGAAUGGUCUUCAAGGUGUUUACAUUCUGCUGGCCUUUACAAAUUUCAAGUUUCCUACAAAUUUGUAUUAUAAGAGAUCCUCUUGCAGCUCUACAAGAUCGCUUACAACACAAACUUCCGUCUCCAGUCGCGUGUAAGAUUCUUAAAUAAUACAUUGUAUA